AUGGCUAUUCCGCAGAAGGGGACAAGAGACCGCAGAAGCGCAUCUGCAGACACGGACACCAAGCACAGAAGCAGCGAAGUUUGGUUUGUUCAGGUUCUAAAUUCCUCACUGGAAGUCAAACUCGUUCCUGAAUUAUUUUUGGUUGCAGAAUCAGAAAGAGCAGAACGAGAAAGGAAAGGUGAUCUUGACCAAUAUGAACGCUUGGAUGGAGACAGAAAGCAAACGAGUAAAUUGCUUGCUGUCAAGAAGUACACCAGGACAGCUGAGAGGGAAGCUGUGCUCAUACGUCCAAUGCCAAUCCUACAGAAGACUAUGGAUUAUCUUUUGAAUUUGCUGGAUCAGCCUUAUGAUGACAACUUCCUUGGCUUGUAUAACUUCUUAUGGGACAGGAUGCGGGCAAUCCGUAUGGAUUUGAGGAUGCAACAUAUUUUCAACCAUGAAGCUAUUAAUAUGCUGGAGCAAAUGAUAAGGCUUCAUAUAAUCGCCAUGCAUGAAUUAUGUGAAUACACGAGAGGAGAGGGUUUUUCUGAGGGAUUUGAUGCACAUCUCAAUAUUGAACAGAUGAACAAAACAUCAGUUGAAUUAUUUCAAUUGUAUGAUGACCACCAGAAGAGAGGAAUAAAUGUGGCAAGUGAGAAAGAAUUUAGAGGUUAUUAUGCACUUUUAAAGCUUGAUAAACAUCCAGGAUAUAAAGUUGAACCUGCAGAGCUUUCGCUUGAUUUAGCAAAGAUGACACCAGAUAUGCGUCAAACCCCAGAAGUUCUCUUUGCUCGUGAUGUGGCAAGGGCCUGCAGGACAUGCAACUUUGUUGCUUUCUUUCGGCUUGCAAGGAGAGCUAGCUAUCUUCAAGCUUGCUUAAUGCAUGCUCAUUUCUCAAAGUUACGAACCCAGGCUCUAGCUUCGUUACACUCUGGCCUGCAGAAUAGCCAAGGAAUCCCUGUUGCCCAAGUUGCCAAAUGGCUUGGGAUGGAGGAAGAGGACAUAGAAGGCCUUCUUGAGUAUUAUGGAUUCUCAAUAAAGGAGUUUGAAGAACCAUAUAUGGUGAAGGAAGGUCCAUUUGUGGAAGUUGACAAUGACUAUCCUGUCAAGUGCUCAAAACUUGUCAAUGAGAAAAAAUCAAGGACGAUAUUCGAGGAUGUUUCGGCUCCACAUGUUGAAUCAGUGUGGGAAAAAGAGACAGAACCCUUGUUAGAUAAGGAUCAUCAUAAAAAACCUACAGCUAUUCAAUUUCUCGAGCCUUAUAGUUCUUCACUGGCCAUCGAGGAGGACAUGCCUGAUUAUGAAGCUGUUUCAUCUCCAAAAGAUGAGACAAAGACAAUUCCAAUUACUAGAACAGAAUCUCAUCAGAAGAAUGAAAGUUCGCAGGCUCCUCCUAAUUAUUCGGUGUCAAGUCUGCCGGCUCCUCCUAGUCCUUUGAUAUUCUUUCCUCAUAUUUCCCCUGAGACUCAGCAGCAAGCUAUAGUCGGGAGAGCAGGAACACCUGAAGCGCAGCUGCAAGCUAGAGUUGGGAGUUCAGGGAAACCCAAAAGUAGUGAAGCUGCACAAUUUGCUGCAAAAGGCAUGACCGUUCAAUUUGCACUUGCCAGAGAUGAGCAGGAGAAGUUGCCAAUUUUUCCAACUCAUUCUCUUGUUGGAGACACAGAAUUGCACCACGUGUCAGAUGAAGAGAAUGUAGAUGAAGAACUGGUAGUCACCAGCGAGCAAGCCGAAACUAAUGAAGCAGCAGCUAGUUAUUAUGACAAAGAAGUUGUCGAGGCAAAACUUAAACUGAUUGUCAGGAUAUGGAAGCGGCGUUCUUCAAAGAAAAGGGAGAUGCGGGAGCAUAAACAGUUAGCAUCUAAAGCUGCUCUGAGAUCGCUCUCUCUUGGAGUGCCAAUGUGGCCCAAUAGAAUUCAACAUAGCACAUCUGUCGAGUUCGACAUUGAUUGUGCUGUCUCAAAAUGGUACCAAACUCAGGAAAGAUCAUGGUCAAGGCUGAAUGUUUCAGAUGUAGUUUCCACCACACUCCAUGAACAAAAUCCAUCUGCCAAAUGCCUUUGCUGGAAAGUAAUUAUAUGUUGUCAGGAUAGUAUAAACAAUCGAAACCGAGAAAAUGGUCUGGAGAAGUUGAAUGCUAAGUCAUGGUUGCUUUCCAAGCUCAUGCCUGCCAGAGACCAUGAAGAUGAUUUGCUGCACACAUCUCCGGGCCUCUCUGUUUGGAGAAAUUGGCUUCUUGACCAAUCAGCCGAGGACCUAAUUUGUUGUUUAUCAGUUAUCAAGUAUGCUGAUUUUGAGAAUCUGAAUGAGACAGUAGCAGGUGCAAGCGCUGUUCUCUUCCUGUUGUCAGAAGGCAUCCCGUGGGAUCUUCAGAAGAAUCAGCUUCAUAAGCUGUUAAUGGAAGUACCUUCUGGUUCUCAUUUGCCCCUUUUGAUCUUAAGUGACAUGUGCAAGGAAAAUGCAGAUCCUUCCACUAUAGUUAAAGAACUGGAGCUACAUGAAGUCCGUGAAUCAAGACUUCAUUCCUUUAGUGUUGUUUUCCUAAAAAACCAGCAGAUGGAACAGCUGAAUGGGUUUUUCAGUGAUGAGCAAUUAAGAGGAGGACUAAAGUGGUUAGCAAGUGAAUCACCACCACAACCAGUUCUCCAGUGUGUAAAAGCCCGAGAUCUGGUUCUCUACUACUUGAACUCUUUGCUUGGGGUUCUUGGUGAAAUGGAUGCUAAUGAUGUGGAUCCAAACCUCUGUAUUUCAGCCUUUAAUGAGGCCUUGGAUCAGUCAAUGAGGGAAAUCGCUGCUGCAGCUCAUGCAAAUCCUACCUGUUGGCCCUGUCCUGAAAUAGGUUUGCUGGAGGAAUCUCGCCUUGAGUACAAAGCUGUGAGCCAACACUUGCCAAGGCUGGGGUGGAGCUUAGCUCCAAGAAUUGAACCAGUUGUCUGUGCAAUAUCUGACUGCAAACUUCCAUCUUUUCCAGACGAUAUAUCUUGGUUACAUAGAGGUUCCCACGUGGAUAUCGCCAUUGAACACCAGAUAUUACAACUUCAAAAUUGUCUAAUAAAGUACUUCACAGAGAUUAGCAGGUUGAUGGAACUGCCACUUGCAACAAAAGAGGCAGUUGUUAUGCUGCAGAAGUUUGUGCAGCUUCAACUCCAGAACUUCCGCUACUACAUUGUACCAAACUGGGUUAUGAUUUUCCGGCGGGCAUUCUUUUGGCAGUUGAUGAAGUUAGCCAGAGACACAUCCUUUUCAGUGUAUACCCUGAUACAGGAUGAUUUUUCUACUUUAACGGUUGGAGCGGUGGAACUUGAAGACUCUGGACAAUCACAUUACCAUUUGUCACAUCCAUCUCUUGAUGAAAUGGUUGAAGUUGGACGGAUGCCUCUUCCCAGAUGUGCAAUGCUUAGUGGACAGGGAAGAGCUUUUCAACCCCGUCCAGGUAUGGCUUCAAUUAGUGAAGAAAUUCCUACAACUACUGGCGCAGGCGAGGAAAUGGAGUAUGGAAAGGAUGUUCUACGUGAUGAUGAAUUUAUAAAAACCAGUUAUAAUACAAUGACAGAUAUGGAACCACUGCUGGCCACUAAGAAAAUAAAAGAAGCUGACGUACUAAGCGAAUUACUUGAGAGGUGUAACAUUAAGCAGAACAUGAAUGAUAAAAAUUUGUCAAUAUAUUUCUAAUCAAUUACCUUUUCCUUCACCCCCUGAAAAUCUGUUGUAUGUGUAUUAUACACGCUACCAUGAAAAUUCAACUAUGUAUAUGAAGGGUGUGGCUUUUUGUAAUAUUGGAAGGUGCAUGUAAUUUUGCUCACGGUUAAUUUUUAAAACGUGAAGGAGUCUUAAGAGCUGAAA